AUAUAAAAACUCCGCGACCUUAAAUCGUUGCAGUUGGAAGGCUGAAUGCGACGAGAUCGGUCUUUGCCGCGAUUUAAAAAAUCAGUGUCAAAAAUCAAGAUGCGCGCGUUUUUGGUAGCGGUAUGUUGUUUGGCGGGAGUGAGGGCGGAUACGCUGCCGUCCUUCAUCCACCCCUGCUCAGCAUCAGACCCGAACCUGAACAGCUGCCUCGAGAAGUCCAUCGCCCUGGCCGGCCCAAUGUUCGCCCAGGGCAUCCCAGCGCUGGGCAUCGCGACGCUGGACCCGGUGCAGCUGGGGACGGUGCUGGUGAACAACCCCAGCUUGAAGAUCACGUUUACGGAGACGGUUGUGACUGGACUGAGCGGGUUUAGAGUUAAUUCGUUCAAAAUGCACCCCGACGCGGGCAAAGCCGUGUUCGACUUCACCGCCAAUGUGACGUUGAAGGCGCACUACGACAUGAAUGGACAGGUGCUCAUCCUGCCAAUCAAGGGCAACGGACAGGCCAAGAUCAAAAUUACGAACCUAAACAUCGUGAUCAAAUACGAUUACGAGACCAAGCAGGGCCACUGGGUGGUCACCGGAUACAAGGACACGUACAAGAUGGACCGUGCCCAGUUCAAGUUCACUAAUCUCUUCGGGGGCAACAAACAGCUAGCGGACACGACAAACAGGUUCACGAAUGAGAACUGGAGCCUAAUAAUGCAGGAAAUCGCGCCGCCCGCCAUCACUGAGAUCAUCAGGAAAUGUAUCGAUGAAGUCAAGAAACUCUUCGCUGCUAUUCCUGCUGCGGAGCUGCUGAAAGCGUGAACGGAGACACGAUCCACCGCGUAAUCAACGAGCACUGGGAGGCUGUCAUCCGCGACUUCGCUACCGUCAGCUUUGACCACAUCAUUCGCGCAUGCGUCAACGAGUCCAAGAAACUCUUCGCCGCUGUUCCAGCUGACAAACUUUUACUGCCUUAACCCCUUGAAACAACGGGCUUCAAU